AUGAGUUUCCGUGUGCUUGACUUGGUCAAGCCAUUUGCACCCUUCGUCCCCGAAGUCAUUGCCCCCGAACGUAAGGUCUCGUUCCAGCAGAGAGUCAUGUGGACUGGUGUCACCUUGUUGAUUUUCUUGGUGAUGUCUGAAAUCCCUUUGUACGGUAUUGCAUCUUCUGAUGGCAGUGAUCCGUUGUUCUGGCUCAGAAUGAUGUUGGCCUCUAACAGAGGUACGUUGAUGGAGUUGGGUAUCUCUCCUAUUGUGUCUGCAGGUAUGGUGUUCCAGUUGUUGCAGGGUACCAAGUUGAUCCACGUGGAUAUGCAGAACAAGACAGACAGAGACCAGUUCCAAACAGCCCAGAAGUUAUUUGCCAUCUUGUUGGCAGUUGGCCAGGCCACCGUGUACGUGUUGACCGGUAUGUAUGGACCUCCUUCGUCCUUGGGCGUUGGUGUGUGCUUGUUGUUGGUCUUGCAGUUGGUUUUCGCUGGCAUUGUCGUGAUUCUUCUCGAUGAGUUGUUGCAGAAGGGUUACGGUUUGGGAAGCGGUAUUUCGUUGUUCACUGCCACCAACGUGUGUGAACAAGUGUUCUGGAAGGCGUUUGCACCUACCACCGCCAACUACGGCAAAGGAACCGAAUUUGAGGGUGCUGUCGUGGCCUUAUUCCACUUGUUGGGCUCGCGUAAGGACAAGAAGAGAGCUUUGAUCGAGGCCUUCUACAGAGGAAACUUGCCCAACAUGUUGCAGUUGUUCGCCACCGUGUUCGUGUUCUUCUUGGUGGUCUACUUGCAAGGCUUCAGAGUGGAAUUGCCUCUCAAGUCCACCAGACAAAGAGGUCCUUAUGCCUUGUACCCCAUCAGAUUGUUCUACACCUCCAACAUCCCCAUCAUGUUGCAGAGCGCAUUGACUUCCAACGUUUUCAUCAUCUCGCAAAUGUUGUUCAUGAGAUGGCCAAACAACGUCUUCGUCAAGCUCUUGGGUGGCUGGGACGCCAGACCGGGCCACGCUCAAUUGUUUGCCGUCAGCGGAUUGUCCUACUACAUCCAGCCUCCAUUGUCGUUCACCGAGGCGUUGUUGGACCCAAUCAAGACUGUGAUUUACAUCGUGUUUGUCUUGGGUUCUUGUGCUCUUUUCUCCACCACCUGGAUCGAAAUCAGUGGCUCUUCUCCCAGAGACGUUGCUAAGCAAUUCAAGGAACAAGGCUUGGUCAUCGCUGGCCACAGAGACACCUCUGCCUACAGAGAGUUGAAGAAAAUCAUCCCUACUGCUGCUGCUUUCGGUGGUGCCACCAUCGGUGCUCUCUCUGUCUUCUGUGACUUGGUGGGAACUUUAGGUUCCGGAACCUCCAUCUUGUUAGCUGUGACCACCAUCUACGGCUACUUCGAGUUGGCAGCCAAGGAAGGUGGCUUCGGCAAGUCUGUUGUUGCUGGCUUCUCCGAUGGCAUUUAG